UACUACACAUGUCAGGUAUCAAAAACGAUAAAAAUACAUUACCCCGUGAAUGAUUUCACUUGUAGUUGUUGACUAGUGUCCAAAUGCAAGUCCACUGCAAAUAAAUAUUUCGUAAAUAUCGAUUUUUGAUCAUUAUUUGAUAUAAAUAGUGAAUUGCAUAGCCUUAGCAAGCAUAGGGACGUCACGGCUGUCACAAACGGGCUUUGUCUAUGCUCAUGACAUACAGUAAUGGGUCAAAUAAGUUAAAAAUAUUUUUUUAACCUAGUGUUUUUUUUUUGCAGAGUAAAAACAAAAUGUCUACUUGAAACCACGGUGGGAAGGGGAAGGGGGAGAGACCACCAAGCCGGGUCGGAUCCCCAAGUCCCAAACACACCGCCCUUAAUUACCUAAACGAACACGAUUGACAGCCUUGUAGGAGGCUCUAAGCCGUGUUACCUCCUGUCAGCAUUCAAUUAACAGACAAUGUUCAAUUUAAUAUAUAAUUCCAUUACAAAGUUCAACAGGUGUAACAAUAAAUCUCCUAAGAUAUUAAAAUGACUAUACAGCCUUCUUAUACAUAAUCUUGCAGGACAACCAGAUAAUAAGUUACAACGUUGCUUAAACACAGAUUGCUUAGACUAAAAAUUAUACGCUUCAGCAAAUUAUGGGAGACUUGCGUGUUUCAAACUCGUUUGAACCUGAUCUCAACAACAACAACAUCUAAACCUAUGCCCCCUAUAGGCAAAUGUGAUUAUGUAAUAACUUUAGCAUUUAAGAUGGUGCAUUAAAAAACACGAAGCAGGAUACAAACCCGGAUGUCCAGAAUACAACAACUUGUUUUGUUUAGAGAUACCAAGAUUGAAGAGUUUACGUAGAUAAUGAAUUACAAGAUAACAAAAGCUUAAGUUAACCAGAGAGAAUCUACAAAAGCAGUCUAAUAACGUUAAAAUAUGUUGCCUGUCUGAAACCCAAACGAAGGUCAGAUACUGACCGCGAGCAUAGGCAAACUAACAUAGCAAAGUGGAGGAAACUUAAAUACCCCGAUAUAUACUCAAGUAGUGUUUAAACUCGACAAUAUAGCGUUACUAAAGCAAGCUAGUUCUUUUGUUAAUACAUAGAGAGCGUUAAAACUUAUAAUUAAAUAAUAAUUUAAAUGUUUACAAUGGAAUUAAAUGUAUGAAUUUAAAAAAUAUAUAUAUAAUGAACUGGGAAACUUUAGCAGAACUACUGAACUGUGGUCUGAGAGGCAUUGCAUAGAAAGUAAAAGAGGGGACAGACAGAGAGAGAGACAGUUGACAGUGGGACGUGUUUAAGCUGAACAAACGUGUUUGCUGUCUUGCGACAAGCCCUAUAUAACGUCCUUUAAAGCUUUGAACGACAAGGACUAUUACACUGUAAAUUUAAGAGAUAAACGCACUAGAAAAAAGUUACUUAUAGUUAGAAUGAACCAAACAAAUCCAUUUACAAACGCCACAAGUUCGUAUUAUUAGAAGGAUUUGAUAUUCGAGGAAAAAUAUUCGAAGAAAAAUAUUAUAGGAAAUAAAGUUCAUUAAGAAAAUUAACACUGAUAACCUUUUAAGUUUACUUGGUUAUUAUUUUCAACAAACCUAUAUUUUUACCAUUCCCCAAAAUAUUGUAAUUUAUUAUGUAAUGAUAUAAUAAAACUGAAAUGUUUUCAUUCUGGAAAAUUAUUUUGUAAAACAAAUAUUUAAAAGGUUAAAUAUUUUAACACCAUAGUUAACAUUUUUAUCUGUUGUACAUUAUUAGUUUUAUGACACUUGAGACUUAGAUUUGGAUGUGAGGGGUGUAUUCGAGGACUAUUUGGGAUUAGAAAUCGAGAUUCGGAUUCGAGAAAAUUGGGAUCUGGCCCAUCACUACUUAAAAGGUAAAGUUGUCACACUUGUUGAUUAAUUCGCGUCUUAACCUUGAGACUUGAAAUAUAAAGAACAAAAAAGGGAGAACCGGGAGUGAGUGUCGUUGUCAGUCUAACUCUUAUUUGCCCUUUCAACCUUGGUCCGGCGCACUGUCAACCUCCAGUGAUUCGCUGCAAACAAGAAACGCUGAUUUGCCUUCAGUGUUCAGUCACGACCGUCGCCCAGCUUCGACGACGCCAUUCCGACCAGCGGCGCGUGCUUCAGCUCUCGCCUAUAACGUGUCUCAUCCUUAGAUUGCAGUGUGCAUUUUAAUAGGCAAUUACUCUCGCUUUCUAAGUCACGAUGUCCUUGUUUCUGUAUACGUUGUUUCAGAUACAUCCAAAGAGCACAAAAGUUUUAGACACAGCUGUAAUGGGAAAUUAUUGGAAUGUAAAAAAGAAAAAAAAAAUUUUCAAAGGAAACUGUAGUCAAAAUAUGGAGUCCUCGGAUGAGAUAACAGUGGAAUUGAUGCAGGAGAUUAUGAGGGAAGUUGAAAAGGACAACACACUAACCGUCUUGCCUUCUCUUUUAGUAGAUGAACUGAAUAAAGAACUUCAUGGUGGGAGUUGUCUUAGUAGAGUUACUGUUAACUUCUCUAGGGGUGAAGACAAGUCGCAACAAACAAUUUCCCUUAUCGUCAAGGUACUUCCAAAUAUUGCUGUCAUGUCAGAGGCAGUCAGGAAUUCAUCCAUGUUCCCUAGGGAAAUACAAAUGUUUGAUGAGAUUCUACCGAGGAUGUCAAAUCUUCUGAAAAGUGCUUUAGCUGGAGACCACACAGAGUUUUUUGCACGAGUGUAUUACACUCGGAAGAGUCCUAACUUCCUGAUUGCUAUAGAAGAUUUAGCCCCGAAAGGUUUCAAAGCACAAAAACGGAAGUACGGUUUGGACUUAAAACAUUGUCAACUUGCAUUCAAGAUGAUCGCUCGAUUUCAUGCAGCGUCUGUGGUGAUAAACAGAAGAGAUAAGGACUUGCUCGCAGUUUUUGACAAAUAUAGUUUCACAGAAGAAGCUCUUAAGAAACCAAUGACAGAGAUAGCAUCUCGUGUAUGGUUAGCUCUAUACAAAUUGGUGGAGUCUUGGGAUGAUUUCGGACCCAGCUGGUCAAACCGCCUACGGAAAUGCUGUGAGAAAAUGCAAGAAAAUUUACUUACUCUCUGGACGAGAGACGAUGCCGCCUUUAAUGUUCUAGACCACGGAGACUUUGGUGUUCACAACACAAUGUUCCGCUAUUCAGAAUCUGGGGAGGUGGAAGCCGUCAUGCUCGUGGACAUCCAGUGCUGCAGUUACAACUCUCCAGUGCUCGACCUGAUCCAGUUCCUAUUCAGCAGCGCCAGCGAGGAAGUAAAGACCAACCACAUUGAUGUACUCCUGCAGGAGUACCACGCUGAAUUAGUGUCCACACUAGAGUCACUGGGUGCUACAGAUCUGCACAUCAUCUCUCUGUCACAACUGGUCCAGGAAUUCGAGAGCAAGAUGUUGAUGGGUUUAUUUUAUACAGUUACUUUUCUUCCCUUAUUAUCAUUAGACUCAGACAGUGGUUUUACUGCUGAAGAUUUUUUCAAGAUUGGUACAGAUGCUUUUGACAUGUCUAUUUCACUUUUUCCUGUUAAUUAUGUUAAGGCAUUAAAAAGGCUUCUGCCAAUUUUUGGUGAAAAAAAUCUUUUAUAAAUGUGUUUAUCAUGUAUAACUAUUGUACAUUUGGGAAUUCAUAUAGGUGCAUGAUUUAAGUGAAUUAACAUGUGGGUCGUAAUUUGUUAUACAAAAUUAUAUACAUUUUUCUAUUUAUUACUUAUGAUAUAUUGUGUUUAUUUUAUGGAAACAAAAGUACUGAUGACAGUAGGAUAAUAUGUUGUAGUUUUUUGUACAAGUGCCUGCUGUAAAUAUUACUAUAUUGCCUUUUAACAUAAACAAGAAUUUUACUCAACGAAAUAUAGACUUUAAUGUCCUAAAUUUGAUUAUCAUACAAAUGAUAAACUUAACACCCUUUUAUAAUUUUUAUAUCAGAAGCAAAGCAAAAUGUGUACUUCAAUCAAAUAUUGUGUUUUAAAAAAGACUACAAUCUGUUUUAAUAAAUUAUAUUUAGUCUUUUGUUAUCAUAUAAUUGGUUAAAUGUUUUUAAAUAAUUUAAAUAAACUUAUGGUUUAAAAAAUUAAAA